UAGGGCUAACAUGAGCAGGUGUAAAGAACAUACUGGAGUGUGAUGGAGGUGGACAAGGCAGCAGAUCUUUGGUCAGCUUCCUAAUGAGAACAGGACGGAUGAGGAAAAUCUGACAUACCGGGCAAUGUAGGAGUUAGCUAACUCCAGAAGGUGGCAGUAGAGCAACAUUAAGGAUGUAAGCUGCCUGUAAAACCCAAAGAAGAAGAGGUAUUGCGCAGGAUCGCCAUGGCAACGUACAUUGCCGAACAACAACUCUGAAAGGGUUUCACCUCAUUACAUCCAUGAGUUUCACCUAUCUCUUGCUGAUCUCUAGCACAAAUGGACCUAGCUAUGCAUUCAUGAUAUGGACGGUCUCCGAAAGGUUGCACAUGCCUCAGCCUAGUUAUGGUUCACUAGACGGCUAGCUAAAUGCUAGUCAGAACGGCUAAGGUUACUUGUUGAUUCUCUAGCUAAGGCUAUCACAUUCGGACACGUUCCCAUCACUAUGGCCGCUUCAGUUGAAGAGGUAUCUUUAUCCGUUGUACGGGAAUAUCUAAGUCGAAAGGGACUCAGGAGGACGAUUGCCUGUAUGGACGAGGAGCAUCCACGCACAGAGGCCAGUGUCAACAACAGAUCCCACUUAAGGCAGAUUCUCAACAUGGAGGGUCUCUAUAGAAAGAACAAAGCUCUGAACUCCCCCCUGAAAACUUUACUGGAGAUUAUUGUAAAGCAUCGCAUUGAGGGCCUCAAGAAUGACAAGAUCACCUGCAGUAAAAGUGAUCCGCUGCCGUCUGCUCGAACUAUGACCUGGAUUGCUAAUUCUUCUGCAGUAUCACCAACAGUGACGAAUGACACACAGACAGAGGAUUGCACAAGAUCUUUUGUUAUUAGCAAACAUGUCAAAUUGAGGUCUGAUAUAGGAGAAUUCUGCCCUUCUCAACCACCGAUGGCUUCCCUCCAGGACAAUGAUAGCUACAUCAGAAGAGAACCGGAAAAAAAGGCUCCCACCACUGAGAGCACCCAAAGGAGCAGAACUAAUCGAAUUAGACGUGGCAUGAUGGCUGGUCCAAUAGCAAGCACAUCUCAGGAAUCAAACAAAAAAAGGCAGAAUCAAAGGCUAGAAGUGUCCCAGCCACAGCUCAUAAAAAAGGAAGAAAACAGGCAUGUUGGGGAUGCACUUUUAGUGGCUGGCGUACAUCAAAAAAGCUCUGCAAGCGGCCUAUGUGAAAUCACCUCAGCUGACUGCGUAGGAGUGCAACGGGAGUUGUGCAUUGCACAAGAGAGAGUGCAGAGGGAAAACAGCUUUGGAAAAGUGCAACAAGACCUACUGAAGACUAAAAAAGUUAAGUCUUUGCCCAAGCCAAAUGUGGCUCUCUUGGAUGUGUCUGAGAUGGUUUUGGAUGACAUUGAUGAUGACGACGAUCUGCGAGAACUCUCCAAAGUGUCCUUUCCAAGAACUGUCGCAGAGCACAGCUGUGCAGGCCGCCCGAUGAACCAGCACACUGCCAUGGUUGGUGAUUUAGACCAGUACUUCUUUAAAAAUGCAUUUGCCUUUGUUUUAGUUUUCUGUUUUUGUUUUCAACAGGAAUUGAAAGCGGUUCUUCUUGGUUCCAGCCUAAAUGGUUUCAGUGUUGAAUGGAGGAAUCAGGGUUUCACAUUCUUAGAUACACAUGACCUGAGAUACGGAAUCGUACAGAAGAAGGGUGGACCUUGUGGAGUUCUGGCAUCCAUCCAAGCCUUUGUCCUAAAGAAACUGCUUUUUGAAAACUUUGAAAGUAGUAAUGCAGGCCUUCAGAUGUUAAGACCUUCUAACACUACCAGGAGAAAGUGUCUUGUUUUAGCAGCUGCUGAAAUACUGUGGAGGGCUGGCGAGGGAAAACAAGCCACAAUUGCAAUAAAUUCAAGACAAAAUCAGUUUACCCCAACUGGACACUACAAAUCUGAAGGAGUGCUUGAAAAGAUAACAUGUUUUACUGUGGAUAACAUCAAGGACCUGCAGUUACUUCUGGAGCGGCAUCUUGAUCAGUUUGAGACCGGGGUGUUAGGAUGCAUACUGUUCACCAUAUCUGCUGUUCUCUCUCGAUCCAUUGACAAAGUAAGAGACGAUAUGGACGUGCCCACCACCACACUCAUUGGAGCCCAUGGCUACUGCACUCAGGAGCUGGUCAACCUGUUGCUCUGCGGCAGAGCAGUUUCUAAUGUCUUUGACAAUGACAUGGAGCUGGACUCUGGCAAUAGCAACAUGACUCUACUCAAGGGAGUCAAAGGCCACUGUGACGUUGGCCUGCUGUCCUUGUUUGAACACUAUGACAUCUGCAAGGUAGGGGCUUACUUGAAGACUCCAUGUUACCCCAUUUGGGUGGUCUGCAGUGAAAGCCACUUCAGCGUGUUGUUUGGCCUGCAGAGAGAGCUAUUGACUAAUCAGGACAAAGGCCUGGAGUUUGACCUCUACUAUUAUGAUGGACUGGCCAAUCAACAGGAAGAGAUCCGCCUCACUGUCUCGGUUGGCAAAUGGGCCCUGGACUGUCAACAUGUCGACACUGAUCUCAUUCCACCACUGGAGCACUGUAUCAGAACAAGGUGGAAAGAUGCGUUUGUCAAUUGGAAUGAUACAGAGCCUAUUCUCUGACUGAUCACAAGGUUUGAUGUUGUUUUAGUUAUGUAUUAACAUCCAUUCUGCAUCACCAAUACAAAUACUUUUGCAUACAUUCUUUGAAGGUUUAUUUACCCAUAUAUUUUAGCAUUAGCAGUGUUUUAUCUCUUCAUAGUGAGACACAGUGUCCUGCCAUUUGUUUACAUUAAGGCCUGGAUCUUUUAGAUCACAUAAUGCCUGUGCAGCUGGAAGGGUUCGGGCCCAAAUUGGGAUCAUAACGGCCACAAAUU